UUUUUCCUCUUCUCUCUCUCUCUCUCUCUCUGUUUUCGCCAUUUUUGAGUCUCCACUCACUACCACCUGUUAGGGCGGGAACCCAAAAUCAUUUCUCUCCCACCCUCACAAAAUACAAAAAGGAUAAAAGAAAUUACAGCAGCUCCACCAAACAAACAGACAUGGCCGUAGCAGUAACUCCUCCUCCUCCUCCCCCGUCCCCUUCCUCUCUUGUCCUUUCUCCGACUCUAGGGUUUCCAUCUCUCUGAUUUUAGGGUUCCCAGCCAGCAUCCCCAAUCCUCCUCCUUUCUUUUGCUUCUUCGAAUCGCUCUCCUUACGAUGCUUAGUCUGCGCGUCGGCGCUAAGGUUUGGACCGAGGAUCGGAAUCUCGCUUGGGUUGCCGCUGAAGUCACUGAUGUCGUCGGCAAGCAAGUUCACCUCCUCACUUCCACUGGCAAUAAGGUUUCGGCUUCUCCCGAGAAGCUGUUGCCUAGGGAUGCUGAUGAGGAGGAAGAACACGGCGGAGUGGACGAUAUGACCAAGCUUACUUACUUGAACGAGCCUGGAGUUCUUUACAAUCUCGAGCGGAGAUAUGCACUCAACGAUAUUUAUACAUACACAGGAAGCAUUCUGAUUGCUGUCAAUCCUUUCACCAAGCUUCCCCACCUUUACAAUGUGCAUAUGAUGGAGCAGUACAAAGGAGCCCCAUUUGGUGAGCUAAGUCCACAUGUUUUUGCGGUGGCUGAUGCAUCAUACAGAGCUAUGAUGAGUGAACGUCGAAGCCAAUCUAUACUCGUCAGUGGAGAAAGUGGGGCUGGAAAAACAGAGACAACAAAACUUAUUAUGCAGUACCUUACUUAUGUUGGUGGUCGAGCUGCUGGUGACGACCGUACAGUUGAGCAGCAAGUUCUUGAAUCAAAUCCACUCUUGGAGGCAUUUGGUAAUGCAAGGACGGUGAGAAAUGACAACUCAAGUCGUUUUGGAAAGUUCGUUGAGAUCCAGUUUGAUUCAAAUGGUAGAAUAUCUGGUGCUGCAAUCAGAACAUAUCUUCUCGAGCGGUCUCGUGUAGUCCAAAUAACAGAUCCUGAGAGGAAUUAUCACUGUUUCUAUCAAUUGUGUGCAUCUGGCAGGGAUGCAGAAAGGUACAAUCUAGAUCAUCCAAGCCAUUUCCACUACUUGAAUCAAAGUAAGACUUAUGAAUUAGAUGGAGUGAGCAAUGCAGAAGAAUACUUGAGGACAAGAAGGGCAAUGGAUGUUGUUGGUAUAAGCCAUGAAGACCAGGAGGCAAUAUUCCGCACCUUGGCUGCAAUUUUACAUCUUGGAAAUGUUGAAUUUUCUUCUGGGAAAGAGCAUGAUUCCUCCUGCAUAAGAGAUAAGAAGUCCAAUUUUCAUAUGCAGAUGGCAUCUGAUCUUCUUAUGUGUGAUGUCAAUCUUUUGGUGGCAAUAUUAUGUACACGUACAAUUCAAACCCGUGAAGGACUGAUUAUAAAAGCUCUGGACUGCAAUGCUGCUGUUGCUAGCCGUGAUGCAUUGGCAAAGACUAUAUAUGCUAAGCUGUUUGAUUGGCUGGUCGAAAAGAUCAAUAGAUCUGUUGGUCAAGACUUGACCUCUCAGAUACAAAUUGGAGUGCUGGACAUAUAUGGCUUUGAAUGCUUCAAAAACAAUAGUUUUGAGCAAUUCUGCAUUAAUUUUGCGAAUGAAAAGCUUCAGCAGCAUUUCAAUGAGCAUGUCUUUAAGAUGGAACAGGAGGAAUACAGAAAAGAAGAAAUUAAUUGGAGCUAUAUUGAGUUCAUAGACAACCAGGACGUCUUGGACCUCAUUGAAAAGAAGCCAAUUGGGAUAGUUGCUCUCCUUGACGAAGCUUGUAUGUUCCCAAGAUCAACACAUGAGACAUUUUCCAUGAAAUUGUUUCAGCAUUUCCGCUCUCACCCCAGGUUGGAGAAGGCAAAAUUUUCAGAAACAGAUUUUACCUUAUCGCACUAUGCUGGCAAGGUUACUUAUCAAACAGACACAUUCUUGGAGAAAAACCGCGAUUAUGUAGUGGUGGAGCAUUGCAGUUUGUUAUCAUCUUCAAAGUGUGCCUUUGUUGCUGGUCUUUACUCUUCAGCUCCGGAGGAAUCUUCUAGAUCAUCAUACAAGUUCUCUUCCGUGGCCACUAGGUUUAAGCAACAACUGCAAGCACUUAUGGAGACCCUUAACUCAACUGAACCUCAUUACAUACGGUGUGUGAAGCCAAAUUCUCUGAACCGGCCUCAGAAAUUUGAAAACCAGAGCAUAUUACAUCAGUUACGGUGUGGGGGUGUUCUAGAGGCUGUUCGGAUUAGUCUUGCAGGUUAUCCUACACGAAGAACCUAUUCAGAGUUUGUUGAUCGGUUUGGGAUCCUAACUCCGGAAUAUCUUGAUGGAAGCUGUGACGAAAGAGGUUGGACAGAGAAAAUAGUGCAGAAGAUGAAGCUUCAAAAUUUUCAGUUGGGUAGAACCAAGGUAUUCCUUAGAGCUGGACAGAUUGGUAUUUUGGACUCUCGGAGGGCAGAAGUUCUGGAUACUUCUGCAAAGUGCAUCCAAAGACGAGUACAGACGUUCCUUACACGCAGGAGUUUCCUGUUAAAGAGGGCCGCUGCAUUUUCAUUCCAAGCAUAUAUUAGAGGAUGUAUUGCUCGAAAGACUUACUCUCAGAAGCGGAAGACAGCAGCUGCUAUUACUAUACAGAAAUGGGUUCGCAAGUGGCAAAUGCAGCAUGCCUAUUUGAAACUGUUUUCAUCUGCCGUAAUAAUACAGUCAAGCAUACAUGGGUUCUUGUCCCGCCAAAGAUUCAGAAAUGGAAUGAGGAGUAGAGCUGCCACCCUAAUUCAGGGGUGUUGGAGAACGUACAAGUUCCGCUCUGCUUUGAGGCAUCGCCAGGGUUCCAUAAUAGCUAUACAGUGUUGUUGGAGACAAAAAUUAGCAAGACGAGAGUUCCGGAAGCGGAAACAAGCUGCUAAUGAGACAGGUGCCUUGCGUUUAGCUAAGGGUAAACUUGAGAAGCAGUUGGAAGAUCUUACAUGGCGGUUGCAUCUGGAGAAAAGACUGCGGGUUUCUAGUGAAGAGGCAAAGUCUCUGGAACUUUCUAAGCUUCAGAAAUCAAUGGAAUCUUUGACCCUUGAAUUAGAUGCGGCCAAGUUGGCUACAGUUAGUGAAUGCAACAGAAAUGCAGUGCUGAUAAAUCAGUUAGAAUUAUCACAGAAGGAAAAGUCAGCUUUGGAAAGAGAACUGAUUUCGAUGGCUGAUCUGAGAAAGGAGAACAAAAUUUUAAAGGGUUCUGUGGACAGCAUGGAAAAAAAGAACUCUGCUUUGGAACUUGAGCUUGUCCAAGCUCAGAAGAACACAAUUGAUAAUAUUGGGAAAAUGAAGGAGCUUGAGGGGAAAUGUUCCAUGCUUCAGCAGAAUGUUCAAAGUCUUGAGAAGAAGCUUGCUCUGUUGGAGGAUGAGAAUCAUGUUCUCAGACAAAAAGCAUUGAGCGCUUCACCAAAGGGACACAAUGCGGGUCUGGUGAAAUCAUUUUCGGAAAAAUACCCUGGCGCAAUUGUUCUUACCUCCGAGAGGAAGCCAAACUUUGAGUCGCCAACACCUUCAAAACUUGUACCGUCCUUUUCACGUGGUUUGUCUGAAUCACGCCGAACUAAGUUGACAGCGGAAAGGUCCCAGGAAAACUAUGAAUUCUUAUCGAGGUGCAUCAAAGAAGAUUUAGGAUUUAUAGAAGGCAAACCACUGGCUGCUUGUAUAAUCUACAGAUGUCUUCAUCAGUGGCGUGCUUUUGAGACUGAGCGGACGGCUAUAUUUGACUAUAUAAUUGAGGGAAUUAAUGAAGUUUUGAAGGCUGGAGAUGAAAACAUUACUUUACCAUACUGGUUGGCCAAUGCGUCAGCGCUUCUGUGUCUCCUACAGAGAAACCUGCAGGCAAAUGGGUUUAUGACCAAAGGGACACCACGUUCUACAUCUGCAGGAUUACCUGGAAAGGCUCUGAAAUCUGCUUUCAAGUAUAUUGGUUUUGACGAUGGUGUUUCACACGUGGAAGCUAGAUAUCCAGCGAUUCUGUUCAAGCAACAGCUAACUGCUUGUGUAGAGAAGAUUUUUGGUCUGAUUAGAGAUAACUUGAAGAAGGAACUGUCACCACUUUUGGCGUUCUGUAUCCAGGCCCCCAAAAAUGUACGAAAUGCUGGGAAGUCUUCUAGAUCACCAGCAGGCAUUCCCCAGCAGUCACCGGGUAGUCAGUGGGAGAGCAUCAUCAAAUUUUUGGAUUCGCUCAUGGACCGGUUGCGUGGUAAUCAUGUGCCAUCGUUUUUCAUCCAGAAGCUCAUCACUCAAGUGUUUUCUUUCAUCAAUAUUCAGCUUUUUAACAGUCUCUUGUUGCGGCGAGAAUGUUGCACAUUUUCAAAUGGUGAGUAUGUGAAAUCUGGUCUGGCGGAGCUUGAAAAGUGGAUCACUAAAGUGACACAGCAGAAUUUUUGUAAAAUGCAGUAUGCAGGAACCUCGUGGCAUGAGCUUAGUUAUAUCCGACAAGCUGUUGGGUUUCUGGUGAUACACCAGAAACGGAAAAAGUCUCUGGAGGAGAUAAUGCAGGAAAUGUGUCCAGUAUUGACUGUCAGGCAAAUAUACCGUAUUAGUACCAUGUAUUGGGAUGAUAAAUAUGGCACUCAGAGCGUAUCAAAUGAGGUGGUUGCCCAAAUGAGGGAAAUGUUGAACAAAGACGGCCAGAAUCUGACGUCCAACUCAUUCUUGUUGGAUGAUGAUCUGAGCAUUCCCUUCUCAACCGAGGAUAUAGACAAGGCAAUUCCUGCUAUUGAUCCUUCAGAUAUUGAUCUUCCGAAGUACUUGCUGGAAUCUCCGUGUGCACAGUUCCUACGGCGGUAGAAAUGUCCAUUCUUUACGUUGAAGCGUGAGAUUUCAUGAAGUCAGGGUCUGGAUAUGUAGAAGUUAUGAGUUGGAUGAUGCUAUUUCCCGGGAAAUUUGGGUGUAGAUUGAAAGGAAGAUGUAGCAAUUAGUGUGGGGUAAAUGUUAGUAGAGGCUAAAGUUGGCUGCAAUUCCACAGCUCAUUCUUUCCUUAAUUGCAUUUGAAAAAAAUGAAAAAAGAAGCUUGCUUGUAACUGUGUUACAGCGUUUCCAGCCUUUGAUGUCAGUAUGUACAUAUCCGAACUCUAGUCCCUAGUGUACAAGUAAGCUAGUAAUGAGAUACUCGAUCUUGCUUCCAGAGCAUAUUUGCUAACUUUCCAUAUCCUAUGUAUAUUCAUUUUUCAUUGUAUUCAGAUUGACAAUGUGAUGUGGUAAGUCUGCUUA